AUGCGGUCGUGCCCUCCACCCACCAGGUCACCGCCCCCCGCCCCCCCGCCCCCCCAGCCAUCCCGCCGCCGGCGGAUGCCCUCAACCCGACCACUGCCAACCCCAUCACCGCGGACCGCCCUCCACCCCGACCAGCUCCGUCGUCACCCCCAACUACCCCACAGCAGCGCCGCCGAGCACCCCACUGACGCGCACCACCACUGUUGCCGAGCCACACCACCGGCGACCACCAUCCUCCGUCGAACCUCUUCCCUCGCCACCACACUCUUCUUCGCGAGAUUCCUCCCCCGAGCAGACCUCCUCCCUAAGUCUAUCAAGCCAGUAGUUCUUCAGAUGGGAUUGGUGAGCGCAAUAGUUUUGGACUUUGUGGACUAUUUUCUUAUGAGAGAAGAACAAGUGGGGAAGUCGAACAGAGAGCACUGCGUAAAAGCAUAAUGUUGAAGUAACUCGAGUUCUUAGGUCCCAAAUGACUAGAGAUGUUGAGGACAAAUACAUGGCAAAAGUACAAAGGCUACCACAAGCAAACCUGAGGAGGUAAUACAUGUUUCUCUUGGCUAUUGCCAUGUGGUACUAUUUCUUUGUUGUUUAACAUUCAAUCGUUAUCUUGAUAAG